AUGUAUGCUUUUGUUCGGUUCUUGGAAGACGACAUGUGCUACGCGUUAUCCGUUUCAGACGUGACAGAUUUCAGACCUCUGCACAAAAGUGAUUUUGAUCAUCAGAAGGUGUAUCUGGUUCACAGAACUGAGGAGAAUGGCAACGCAGGCCAGCCGUGUGAAGCACAGAUCCUUGCCCUUGCAGAGACGGUAGAAGAAUUUGAAGACAGUAUAAUGCAAAAGAAGAUGAAAAUUCCCAAGAUGUCCAACAAGAAUUCAGGAAAAUCUUUUGAAAACCAUUUUGGGGAGGAGAGGCUGCCACUCCGACAUAAAAAGGCUGUGUCACUGGACCAAGGACGCCCCAUGUCUAACUCCUCCAAGAGCCUGGCAGCAGUAGUUGCUCGCUUGGAAAGAAAUGCUGCCAGUUCUUGUAUGGAGGGAGAAGAAGACCUGGAGGAGGACCGACUGGCUGAAGAAGAAGAGGACGGGGAGGAUGAGGAGGAGGACAUGGAGGCAGAUUAUCAACAUCAUCACCAGCAGCAGCAGCAACAACAAGAACUGGAGGUGGAGACGGAUUGUGUAUCUGAGGUGGCUACAGCUGUGGUACCCAGAGUCCUGUAUGAAGAGCUGGUCCACAGCUACAGGCAGCAGGAAGAGGAGAUGAGGAGGCUUCAGCAGGAGCUGGAGAGGACACGCAGGCAGCUGGUGCAACAGGCCAAGAAGCUGAAGGACUAUGGCAGCCUGCUUACAGAGGUCAAAGAGCUGAGAGACUUCAACAGGAGGCUCCAGGACGUACUCCUCAUGAGACUGGGAAGUGAGCCAAUGCAUGACAAUGGCACUCAGACAAUCAAAGCGGAAGUGGUGGAGCCCACAGUUGAGGCCCAGGAGGCAUGCAGAGAAGAAGCCAAUGCCAGCUCCAGCCAGUCACCCUCACCUCGAACAGUGUACACCUGCAAUGAAGGGAAGGUACACCUAGGUGGAGGGAUCUGGGUAGAGGAGGAGAAGUGGCACCAACUACAGCGGACCCAGGGAGAUUCCAAGUUCACCAAGAAUCUGGCUGUGAUGAUCUGGGGCACCGAGACGCUGAAGAACCGCAGCGUUACCGGAGUUGCUACCAAGAAAAAGAAAGAUGCUCUGCCCAAACCUCCACUCUCUCCCAGCAAGCUAAAGAUAGUUAGAGAGUGUCUCUAUGACCGAGUCUCUCAAGAAACAGCUGACAGUGCGGAGAUCACACAGAGGUUGUCCAAAGUGAACAAAUACAUCUGUGAAAAGAUCAUGGACAUCAACAAGUCCAUCAAGAAUGAGGAGCGGCGGGAAUCCAAGCUGCUCAUCAGGCAGACGGUUAAGAUGGAGAACUUCACUUAUGAUGGCAUGUAG